AUGGCAGACAAGGAACACAGAAAAGAGUCCUUUCUCACUUUGGAAGAAAAAAAAAGCCCUAUGUCCCCUGAUACCUAUAUCCCAGGCGCGCCGCAGGGAGCAGCGGCGUACGGACGAGCGGCGACCCUACGGAGAGAGUCAGGCGAGAAAAAAAAUGAGAGGAAAGCAUGCGAUUGCGAUGCGGUCUCUAAUUCAGGAGUGGUCCAUGUUGGACAUGAAGACAAGUUUGUCCAAAUGAAACCAGCACAACAGCAAUAUGUAAUAGAAUUAUACAACAUAGUGUACGAAGAUUUCAAAGUGGGGUGGAUCCAACUUCAAUCCCAUGCAAUACAGAUUUUUGAGAGAAUGGAAUUGGGGAGAGAGAUGAAGUUAUGUGACAGAAAUGCAGAAAAAGGAGAUGGUGAUGAAGUUCCAAGAAAAAUCUGCCAACACUGCCUAACACAAACAGAAGAAGCGUCAAGGGCAAUCACACGAAUGCUUAUUGCUUACUUGCUGCCACUGAAAAAAAAGUCAUUUAAACUUUCUGAUAACGCACGUGCAUCUGAAAGUACCCACCAAGAAGCGUUUCUUGACUAA